AGUAGUAGAAGUAGUAGUAGUAGUAGUAGUAGUAGUAGUAGUAGUAGUAGUAGUAGUAGUAGUAGUAGUAGUAGUAGUAGUAGUAGUAGUAGUAGUGGUAGUAGUAGUGGUAGUAGUAGUAGUAGUAGUAGUAGUAGUAGUAGUAGUAGUAGUAGUAGUAGUAGUAGUAGUAGUAGUAGUAGUAGUAGUAGUAGUAGUAGUUGUAGUAGCAGCAGCAGCAGUAGCAGCAGCAGUAGUAGCAGCAGCAGUGAUAGCAGCAGCAGUAGCAGCAGCAGCAGUAGCAGUAGCAGCAGCAGCAGUAGCAGCAGCAGCAGUAGUAGCAGCAGCAGUAGCAGCAGCAGUAGUAGCAGUAGCAGUAGUAGCAGCAGCAGUAGUAGCAGCAGUAGUAGUAGCAGCAGUAGCAGUAGUAGCAGCAGUAGCAGCAGCAGUAGCAGUAGCAGUAGUAGUAGCAGCAGUAGGAGUAGUAGUAGCAGUAGUAGGAGCAGUAGUAGUAGCAGUAGGAGUAGUAGUAGCAUUAGUAGUAGUAGUAGUAGUAGCAGUAGGAGGAGUAGCAGUAGCAGUAGGAGGAGUAGCAGUAGCAGUAGCAGUAGCAGUAGCAGCAGCAGCAGCAACAGCAGUAGCAGUAGCAGUAGCAGCAGCAGCAGCAGCAGCUGUAGCAAC